ACGCCAUGAGACUUAGAUUAAGUAUACCUCUUGCUCUUUGGUUGUUAGUGCUGACAAUUGACGCUGGCUCUUCGAGCCAUCACGAUGAAGAAAGCAGUCCAAGUUUAACCGCGCUCGGGUCAGAUGAAUCUUUGCCGUUAUUAGCCGCCGAUGCCACCCAUAAAGAAGACGAAGAAAAUGAAGGAAUGGACAUGGGUAUGGAAACCCCAAUACCUCAUGUGAUGGAGCAUGCCCACGGGAGGCCGAUUCUCGAGACUCAUUUGAAACCAUUGGAAAAACAGUGGUGGGACGCUUACAAUACAACCACUUACUUUACGGUUGAGUCUAACAACAAGGUUAACUUGUAUUUGCAUAUUGGAACAUUGUGUUUUAGUUUUAUCUUACUAUAUCCAAUUGUCUUGGUGCUUAAUAAUCUUCAUCAUAAAGCUUAUUUACCGACGUUGACUAUUCAUUGUGUUCUCGUUGUGUUUUCUGUAUUAAACUAUGCCAGUUUUAUCAAGUCGAUUCCGGAUUUGUAUCCUGGGAAUGCCUAUGAUAAAAUGUCGUGGAUUUUGUUUUUCACUACUUUAUUUCAUUGGGUUGCUUCCGUAAUAGCGGUUGGUUACCAGUCAAGAUUGUUUCCGAAUCGCUUUGUUAUUGGAGAUGAUGACGAUGACGUAGUAGAUUAUGACUAUGAUGAUGACGUUGUUACCAGAGUGGAAUCGGGCUCUUCAUCUAAUCCAAAUGAUGACUUGCAUCGUAGUAGUACUAAUUCUUCUAAUUCUUUUGAAUUGACUAAUAUGCAUUUGAAAACUUCUCAAAAUUCGCUAUUAACGAAUCAACAACCACAUCAACCUCCUAAAAAGUUUUUGUUUUUAUUUAACAUACCAAUCAUUAAAAAAUUGAUUGAUGUUAGUGGUAAUGCUUCUGUUUUAUCUGCUAGUAUCUUUAAUUGGUAUCAUUUCUUUUACUUUCUUGUUUAUUUCCCAACUAUGAUUGCAACUUUCCUCUUGUUGGGUAAAGGUAAAAGCGUUUUCAAUUUAUUGGCUCACUUUAUUAAAGGUGGUGUCUUUUUUUCAUUAGGUUUACUUUACUUGGCCCGUUAUUGUGGUGCUUUCACUAAUAAAGGUUGGGCUUGGAAUCAUAAAUUCAUUUUCAGACACCAAAAACUAGGUAGAUUUGAUCGUAGUUGGCAAUCAAUUGGUUGUUGGACAAUGGAAUUAAUUGAGUCUGGCUUGGUUCUUUUCUAUGGUUGUACUAACAUUUUUUUGGAACAUUUAUCCAAUUCUGGUGGUGAAUGGUCUUCAAAAGAUUUACAACAUGCGUCAAUUGCUUUUAUCUUUAUUGGCUUAGGUUUUUGUGGGGUACUUACUGAAAUUAAAUUAAAUACUUGGAGAUUUGACAAAGCUAAAGAUAAUCAUCAAAUUAUCAACAAUUCUCCUUCAGAAGAUUCCAUUGUCAAAGCUUCCCCGGGCUUUUCCCCUAAUCCUUUCCCUGUUUUAACCAUCUACUGGACUGGUUAUUUAAUGUCAAAACAUCAACAAGCUUCUGCAUUAUCAACCGCUAUCCAUGUUCAAUGGGGUGGUUUAUUUGUGAUUGCUUGUGCUUUUAGAUUCUUGACUUAUUUACUAAUGUUACUUUCUCCUCCAAAUAAAAACUUAACUCAACCUUCAAGACCAAUCACUGAAUUAAUUGCUAGUUUCUGUUUGAUCUGUGGUGGUUUGAUUUUUAUGGAAUCAACCGAUCCUGUCAUUUACUGUUUUGAAUACUAUGGCUUAACCGAAAUGUUCACUCUUAAUAUCAGUCUUGGAUUCGUUGCCUUAUUGGUUGCUUGGGAAAUGGCAAUCUUUGCCUAUAAAGAUUGGUUGAAAUCGAGAAUUUAAUUUAAUUUUUUUGCUAUCCAACUAUUCAUAUUACCAUUCAUAGUUGCUUAUUAAUGUUCAAACUUCUUUAGUAAUGCCUUUAUUGUUUUUUGCAUCUUGUUUCCUUUCCGUCAAAGGUUGGUUUUUUAUGAUUAAUG